AUUGAAAAGAACAGUGAUAUAACUUUGAAGAAAAUUCUUAUUUUAUAUAUUUAUUGAUACACAAUAUAAGAUGAGUUUCCAAAACAAGAGACAAAUGAACUACAGGCUGGAACCUGUUCAACAAGAUAUUAAUCCAGAUAUUGCUGCGUUGAGUACCAUUGGUAUGAGAAUCCGUAAGGCCGUUGCUGAUGGUUACAGCACUCCAAGUGCCAGUCAUUAUAGCUAUGGCUAUAACUUUGAAGAACAACCAAGAAGAGUUCCAUUACCAAUGGGAAUGGACCAACCUCCAUCAUUGAUGGGUUCUGGGUCAACUGUAGGUACUUGUUCCAACUUGUCCGAAUGGGACAACGCAGCACAAAAACCACUUGUAACUAUUCCAGACUACAAUAGUGGUAUGACCAAGAGAAAGUUCCAACAGGAAUCCGGGGAUGCCGAAUACACCAGAUACAGAGAAGAAGUUGAUUACGCCAAGAAAUACGGUAACCUUCUGUUCAAUGAGGAGUUCUAAGUAGAUAAAUUGUAUAAAAAAAAAGGGGGGUAAGGUGUGGGAGUUGGAGAAAGUUUCGCAGGGUAAGAUAACUUUUAAGGAUUUAUAUGGAUUUAUCUGCCCAAACCACCUACGUUAUCACUUUCUGGAAAGGUUUGUAGGACAUGUGUUUAGUAUUUAGGUUAUUAUAUUGAAUUUAUGU